AUCAUCACCAACAGGGACUUUUCGUGCAGGAAAAUCAACGACAAUGUCGAUGGAAAAACAAUCUGAUUGCGGUGUUUUUGGAUGCAAACCAAAAUGGAUGCGGAAAUUUGCAUCUGUAAACUGGUUCACUGGUGUAUACAGUAUAACAGGACUGUUGACGUCGUCGCUCUCUAUGUAUGUUGUUUCACAAGUAUCAACUAUUGAACGGCAGUUUGGGUUGAGUAGCAGCAAAACCGGCUAUCUGAUGGCGUGCAAUGACAUUGGGUACUGCGUCACAAUACUUAUCGCUGGUUACUUUGCUAAUAGAGUCCAUAUACCAAGAAUGCUUUGUUUAACGACGAUUUUGUACGGUUUAUCGGGAAUCCUUUGCUCCGUGCCUCACUUUUUAUUCAAGCCUGCCCCAUUACAGACCGGUCUUGACGGCGCAAUACCAAAAAUGAGCUUUGCCAAGCUAAGUCUCUGUAGAAAUUCUACCGUUUUAGAUAUAUCUGUGAUGAAAAACUUUAAUAAUAAUACCGUACAUGCAGAAAAUAUAGAAAAUACGGAAUCCGAAGAGGAACGUACUGCCAGAAAUGUAACAAUGGCUUUAAUUGCAAUUGGUAUGAUAAUUCAAGGCAUCGGUAAGGCACCAAGGUACCCUAUGCUUGGUCAAUUCCUUGAUGAUAACACAAAUGAAAGGGAAACCGGCUUUUAUUUAGGAAUAAUAACUUGCAUUACAAUAUUUGGCCCCGCAAUGGCAUAUGGACUAGGAGGAUUUUUCAGUCAAAUUUACGUAACUCUGGAAGAUGUUGAUUUGCAUCCUCAUGAUCCGCGAUGGUUAGGCGCUUGGUGGCUUGGAUUCUUGGCAUUUGGUGUUGCAGCAGUUUUGUGUGCAUUCCCGUUGCUAUUCUUUCCUGCCAGUCUCAGACGAGUUAAAGCUGUUAAAAGUAGAACACCAGCGCUUGAAUUUCAUUCUGGAAGAAAUCUUAAAUCAUGCUGUGAUGAGGUGUUAGGUGUUUUCAAGAGCAUUUUUCAGGUACUGAGAAUUCCAGCAUUUACAAUCAUGCUGUUAGCAUGUAUAUGUAGUGUACUCGGAUAUAGUGCGGCUUUCUCAUUUGGUCCAAAAUACAUGGAGAAACAAUAUAACAUACCCGCUUGGAAGGCAAACAUCAUAUUAGCUGGUAUGGGAAUUCCGUCGGCAUGUCUCGGAUCAUUUGUUGGUGGGCUUGCUACUAAGAAACUGAAAUUGUAUCCCCUGAAGUGUAUAAUGUUGAUUUUAUCUACACAAAUUCCGGCAUUAGGUCUUCAAUUCAUUUCAAUGUUCCUCAGCUGUGACCAACCUCAAAUAAACGGUUGGCCAGAGCAAAUGUCUUCAGAAUUACCACGGUCAUGUUCCAGUGAUUGUUCUUGUGGUAGUACAUUCUUGCCAGUGUGUGAUUCUACUACUGGAACAAAUUAUUUCUCACCUUGUCAUGCUGGGUGUUCUCAGGGAUCUCUCAUGAAAUUUACCAACUGUACCUGCGUCCCAGACAGUGUUGUAUCGACGGGCUUUUGUCCAUUCGACUGCAACAUGCUCUGGCCUUUUAUGAUAGUAUCCUUCCUGGCCAACUUUCUGUCUUCUUGUUUGAUGAUGCCAACAUUCAUCUUUAACAUAAGAAUGGUUCCAAACAGAUUAAAAUCAAUGGCAAUAGGCCUGUCAGCUCUAGCGAUGUCAUUGUUUGCAUGGUUACCUGGGCCAGUGAUUGGAGGAAAAUUAGUGGAUCAUGCAUGCUUGCUAUGGUCGGACGGCGAUUCGGGAUCUUGUACCUUCUACAAUUUGGAUGUCCUUCGGCAUAAUAUAUUCGGAAUGUCUAUAGGGAGCAAAUGUGUAGCAAUUUUAGUUUUGACAUCACUAUUACGAGUUACUUGGAAUAUGAGAGAAUGGCCAUACAGUUCGGACAACAAAUCUAUUGAUUUUAUAGCAGAAUCAAAAUAUAAACUGAAGCCAGAUGCUUUAAUUGACAAAACUUCAAAUGGUGUGAAAUAAAUAUCGUACAAUUGCGAUUUAACGAGUCUUUCGAAAAAAGGUUAUAUUCAAUGUGAUAUAUCUGCA